AUGGCUGCCCCUCGAUUGACCAUGCGACCCCUCUCGCGAUCUGUUUGCACAGCAGUGUCUUUAAGACCUGGCGCAUCGCGCACUGCUCGACGACCCCAGACCAAUACCUUCUGCCUCCGCUCUCCCUCUCCCCUUUCUUCGCCGCCGCUUUCCUCUCAAAUCCGAUACAGCUCCUACUCCUCGCCCGAUCAUGGUCCUAAUACGCGCAAGAAGGUUACCCUCCAAACAAUACGAAACCUCUAUAAAAAGGGCGAACCAAUUACUAUGCUUACAGCCCAUGACUUCCCCAGUGCCCAUGUCGCUGACGCGGCCGGGAUUGAUGUCGUCUUAGUCGGUGAUAGCCUAGGGAUGGUGGCGAUGGGAUUGGAAAACACAACCGAGGUUUUGAUGGAGGAAAUGAUCAUGCAUUGUCGGAGUGUCGUCCGCGGCGCAAAAACUGCAUUGAUUAUUGGUGAUUUACCUAUGGGUUCAUACGAGGUGAGCCCAGAACAAGCCGUGGAGUCAUCACUUCGUCUAGUGAAGGAAGGUCGUGUGCAUGGCGUGAAGAUUGAAGGAGGGGAGGAAUUAGGCCCAACCAUCAAGCGGAUCACCCAGGCUGGGAUCCCCGUCGUUGGCCAUGUGGGACUUACACCACAACGUCAAAAUGCGCUCGGUGGCUUCCGAGUCCAAGGAAAGACAUGUGCCAGUGCGAUGCAGCUCAUGCGCGACGCGAUGGUCAUGCAAGAAGCAGGCGUGUUCAUGUUUGUUCUCGAAGCAAUGCCUGCGGAGGUCGCAACACUUAUCACAAGCAAGCUCAAAGUCCCGACGAUCGGGAUUGGUGCUGGCAAUGGAUGCUCAGGCCAGGUCCUCGUGCAAGUGGACAUGAUGGGUAAUUUCCAGCCCGGUCGGUUCGUGCCGAAAUUCGUCAAGAAAUACGCCGAUGUAUGGGCCGAAGCCACACGCGGAGCUGUACAGUAUCGCGACGAGGUCAAAAGUCGCGCGUUUCCUUCAAAGGAAUACACAUACCCAAUCUCACCGGAAGAACUAGCUAAGUUCGAAAAGGAGGUGGAUGCAAAAUAUUAA